AUGGCUUCAGGACGCACGUUGAAGUUGAACUCGGGCUAUGAGAUCCCUGCCGUCGGGCUUGGGACCUGGCAAUCGAAGCCGAACGAGGUGCGCGAGGCCGUGGUUGCUGCCCUCAAAGGAGGCUAUCGUCACAUCGACGCUGCUGCCAUCUACGGCAACGAACAAGAGGUUGGAGAUGGUAUCAAAGCCUCGGGCGUUCCGCGCGAGGAGAUUUUCCUUACCAGCAAAUUGUGGAAUACCCAUCACCAGCCCGAACAUGUCGAAGCCGCCGUGGACAAGACUCUAGCCGACCUUCAAACCGAUUAUUUGGACCUUUACCUGAUUCACUGGCCAGUCUCGUUUCGUUAUUCCACCACCACCAACCAGCCGAUCGUCGAGGAGACGGGUUUGAUCGAUGUGAUCGACGUGCCGGCCAAGGAUACCUGGGCAGCAAUGGAGGAGCUGGUGGCCAAGGGGAAGAUUCGCUCUAUUGGAGUGAGCAACUUCACCCGGGAGAAGAUCGAAGAACUGCUCAAGACAGCCAAAAUCCUCCCUGCCGUGAACCAGAUCGAGGCGCAUCCCUACCUUCAGCAACGAGACCUUUUGGAAUGGUCUAAACAACAAGGGAUUGUGGUAGAGGGAUACUCUCCCCUCGGAAACAACAUUUAUAACAUUCCGCGCGCGGUCGACGAUCCUCUCGUCAUCGAAACGGCCAAGAGCCUGGGUAAGACUCCAGCGCAGGUGUUGAUCAGCUGGGCAGUUCAGCGCGGCACCGUUGUGCUGCCCAAGUCGGUCACCCCCGAGAGAAUCCAGAGCAACUUCGAAGAUUUUGUCCUGCCCGAGGAGGCAUUCAACGCGAUUCAAUCCCUGGAAAAGCACCAACGCAUGAACUUCCCGGCCCGCUUGGGGAUAGACAUCUUUGGCGAGGUGGGCGAAGAGAGUGCUCGGAAAAGCGCACUGGCUUGGGCGGAAGAGCAGAAACGACUCAAGGCUCAGGCUUGA